AUGUCUAGUAGUGGGGCUAGUGGCUCUAAUUCGUGCAAUGUAAGUGGUGAUGCUACAAAUGAAGAGGGUGAUUUCUGUUAUUAUCCUUUGUGGAAAUAUGUUAAUAAAGGAGAAAAAAUGAGUGGAGGUGGGGGUAAUUACACUUGGCAAUGCAACUUUUGCAAACAAAUAAAGAGUGGUUCAUAUACUAGAGUUAGAGCACAUUUGAUGGGAGUUGCAAAAGGUGGAAUUAAUCAAUGUCCUAAUGUAACAAAUGAGGAUAGAAUGCAAAUGAGAAACUUAGAAAGACAAGUUGAGCAAUAUAAAGAAUGUAGACAACCAAACAGACCACCACUUCCUAGUCAUUCUUUGUCUUUCGAAGCUUCUCUUUCACCAACUUCAUAUGCCAAGAAAAGAAAAUCUGACAACCCAAUCACCAAAGCUUUUGAUAUACAAGCUCGAAACAACCUAGAUGCUGAGAUAGCAAGGAUGUUUUUUACUGGAGGAUUGCCUUUUAACCUUUGUCGAAACCCUUACUAUGUUAGUUCAUACAACUAUGCUGCCACAAAUAAUAUUCCUGGUUACAAGCCUCCUAGUUACAAUAAAAUGAGAACCACUUUGUUAGAGAGAGAGAAAGAAAAUGUUGAAAGGCUUUUAGAACCAACAAAGGCUACUUGGAGGGAAAAAGGAGUAAGUAUAGUGAGUGAUGGGUGGAGUGAUCCACAAAGGAGACCUUUAAUUAAUCUCAUGGUAGCUUGUGAAGUUGGUCCUCUGUUCUUAAAGGCCGUUGAUUGCUCAGGAGAGGUAAAGGAUAAAGACUUUAUUGCUAGUUUGUUAAAUGAUGCCAUUGAAGAAGUUGGUCCACAUAUCGUGAUGAUCAUCGUGGACAAGCUACACUUGUGA